AUGAACAUUGAAUGUGAAUAUUGUGGGGCAUUAAGAUGGAAGAGAGAAAAAUUAGGACUUUGUUGCAUAAAUAGUGAAGUUAUAUUAGCACCACUUCAAUUACCACUACCAGAAAUUUAUUAUUUUCUUACAGAAAAAGAACAAGUACUAUUUGUUAACAAAAUAAGAGUAUAUAAUCAAGGUGAUCAUUAUCAUCAAAUUAGCUUAGCUUUGCCAGAACAAAGGGAAAUACCAAAAUUUUUUCAAAUAUAUUUUUAUGAUUCUUCAGAUAUUGAAGUACAAAUUGAUAGAAGAUAUAAAGUAAUGAAGCAAUCAUUAAACAGGGAUAUGAUAAUUAAUAUCCAAAAUGUAUUAAUAGAUUUAAAUCCUUUUGUAAACACUUAUAUAUCUGCAAGAAAUAAAGAUUUAAAAGAUUCUCUGUAUUAUAUUUUAAUAUAUAAUAAGCAUAGCAAAGAUAUGAGACAAUAUAAUACACCACUGGCUAAAGAAGUAGCUGCAAUUUGUUUUUUUAAUGAAAAUAUGCAUGUAAGAGAUAUUCUUAUUGUAAGACAUAAUGACGAAUUAAAAAAAAUAUCUGAAUUACAUA